CUUUCAACUCUUCAAUCGGUUCAGCUCACACUCUUGACUACACUGCUAUAUAACCAAGCAGAUUUUGAUAUUUCAAUUUUCAAGUAAUUUUCCACCAUUUCCGCCUGAUCGGAACCGCCGAGAGAAGUCGCUAUGGCUAUCGCCAACGCUUUCUUGAGUCCUGCUGCUGCUGCUACCUUCGCUCCUGUUCGAUCCAAGUUGUCCCAUUCCGAUUGUGACUUCUUAACUCCUCACUUGAAUCUCUCCUUUUCCGCCUCCUCAUCUAAACUCACCCGCGGGUUAUUUCAUUCCGGAAUCACUACCAAAAGAAAUCAGUGCAGGAUAGAGAUGGUAUUCCUAUGCCGAUUGUUCUGAUAGAUCAAGAUUCUGACUCUGAUGCAACAAUAGUACAAGUUAGCUUUGGCGAUCGUCUUGGUACUCUCAUUGACACGGUGAAGUCACCAUCCUUUGUCUGCCUGUCAUCACGUUUCUGUUUCUUUUUGUUCCAGUUUUAUUAUUUGGUAUCCGUUAUGCAGUUGUUUUUGAAAGAUUUGAAAGUAGUUCAUGAGGUAUCUUUUGUAUCAAGUGGAAGGGGGUAGGGAAAGUUACGAGACUAAGCCUUUGUAAGUUAUUGUAAGCCAAUCGUAUUCCAUGAAUAUGAUAUGUAUCUAGUGUGAUGUAUGGAAUAUAUGACAAAGGUGAGGUAUUUCUAUUGAUCGGUCAUGUCAUAUAGGCCCGACUUGGACAUCCAAUUGCUUCGAUUUGAAUUAUCCGGAGAAUUCCUUAGAUAUAUCAAAAAGAUGGACAAUUAAUCCUAUUUCUCGAUUCAAUAGAAGCUCAAAGAGGUGAAUGGGGUCCCAACAAAUAAGGAGAGGUGUGUCAAAAGCAGGUCUGAUUACAACUAUUCCUAAUCCUAAAUGGAAUAUAACAACGUAGGGAUCCAUAUGUAAAUAUAGUAUCUAUUUAAAUACACUCGAAUGACCCCUUCUCAUAAUGAGAAUGUAUAGAACCCUAUUCUGGUCUGGUCCGGUAUGGAAUGAACUUAUAAUCAUGGAAUUGACUCGAUCAUCCGAUUAUAAGUUCAUAACCCUAGCCCAUUCCCAUUCUGGGCGGAACAGGUUUACUAAUUCUUUGAUUCCAGUUAGUAAGAGGGAUCUUGAACUAAGAAAUAGACCCUAGAAGCUAAAAAAGGCUAUCCUGAGCAAUUGCAAUAAUCAGGUUCAUUGAUAUUCCUGGUAUAGUAGAUGCUAUUACACAUACAAUCAUACUCAAUUUGAUGGAAUACCACAAAGAGAAAGUGUACCUAAUAAAAAAGUGUUUUUGGUAAUUGGUAUAUGUUUUGUUAAACCUCCCAUAAGAACCAUAUUUUGACUUUUAAAAGGAGAAUAUCCAACAAUUGUUUCCAUUGAAUGAAUAACGGAUCCAGAUCCUAAAAAUAAUAAUGCUUUGGAAUAGGCAUGAGUAAUCAAAUGAAAUAAAGCACUUCGAUAAAAUCCCAUACCUAGAGCUAGCAUCAUAUAACCCAAUUGAGACAUUGUGGAAAAAGCUAAUCCUCUUUUAAUGUCUUUUUGAGCAAGAGCUAAAGUAGCUCCUAAUAAUACUGUUAUUAUUCCUAUCAAUGAAAUAAAAUUCAUUAUGUAAGGUAUAACUAUGAAAAGAGGAAUAAGCCGAGCUACAAGAAAAAUUCCCGCUGCUACUAUGUAUAAGAGCAGAAAUAGGAGUGGGCCCUUCCAUGGCAUCAGGUAACCAUACAUGAAGGGGAAUUGUGCCGAUUUAGCAACGGUACCGGCAAAUACUAGACCAGCACACAAAGUAACAAACAAAGAAUUGACUUCAUUAUCAUAAAUCAAGUUAUUGAAUAUUUCGAAUAAAUCACCAAAUUCAUCUAUAACCUUUUCAGAUUUAUGGCAUCAGGUCUUUUGGAAAUUUUUAGAUAUUGUGGACCUCAUCUUUUUAUCAAACUCCUCAGUGUACCUUUUGUAAGAGGUACUGACUUUUAAGAUAUUGUAUGCCAUGUUUCCUCCUGUAUGGACUAGUUGUGAUGGAGCCUGAGGUAGUACUCUUCCAGUCAGACCACAAAUAUCUGCCUUUCUGUUUCUUUACGCUUAUUUAACCCAUGGUUUUUAGUUUGCCCAACUGUUUGAGAUUUUUUACGAUGCUAGAUAUUCAGAUUUUGUUACGGGGACUUAGCUGCUUAAGAUUAAUGCCUUUUUCACUUUUCUAAUCUUUUCAAAUAUGUCAGCUUGGAUAUCUUUCAUCUUUAAGUAUGUUUAUAUAACAUGCAGUCUUGGUUUUCUCUGGAGCAGAUGAAGGCACUAAAAGAUCUUGGUUUGGAUGUUGUGAAAGGAACUGUCAACACUGAGGCCUCAGUGAUAGAAACAAAAUUUUUCAUCACACAUCUCUAAUGAAGUAUUUAGUUUGCUUUUCCAAAUUGAUGGAAAGUUCUCACCAUUUGGCUUCUGUUUCUGAUGCUCCUUGUGGUCUUAUAAGUAGACUAGAUUCCCUUUCCCUGCUGCUGCACAAUAGUUGUGUAACUAUGCUGCUGGGUUUUGAAAAUGUUUCUUAUAGUUGAUGAUGCAAAAUUCACCUUUUUGUCAUCUGAUUCUGGUGUUGGCAUAAAGAUACUUCACAUUAGUUUACUUGGUGAAAGAUUUCAGUUUCUUAAGGAAACAAUAUGUCUAAACUACUUGUAUUAAAUUUGUAGUAAAAACUCAAUCUGAUUUUUGAGAUUGCCAUCUCUUGAGAAAAGAAUUAUUCACGGGCAAAUAAAAGUUCGAUAGAUAAAUAAAUGGAAUUCAUCUUAAAAGGUUAAUCUGAAAAGUAAAAGCAAUCUUGAAGCAUUGCCAACAAUUAUUCACAAACUUUUUUGGUGCUCCAACCCGCUAAGAGUACCUUCACGAAUGAAUGUUGGACAUAUAUUUGAAUGUUCACUGGGGUUAGCGGGAAGUCUGCCAGACAAACAUUAUCAAAUAGUGCCUUUUGGUGAUAGGUAUGAACCAGAAGCUUUGAGAAAACGGGUGUUUUCUAAAUUAUAUCAAGCUAGUAAGCAAACAGCAAAUCCGUGGUUAUUUGAAGCCGAGUAUCCAGGAAAACCUUUUGAACAACCCAUUCUAAUAGGAAAGCCUUGUAUCUUAAAAUUAAUUCAUCAAGUUGAUGAUAAAAUCCAUGAAUGUUCAAGUGGACAUUAUGCACUUGUCACACAGGAACACCUUAAGUUGUUAUGUGUCUAGUGGAGCUUACAUUUUGCAUGCAUGUAUUAGUUCUAAUUCAGAUAUCAGAUGUGUCAUAUCCCUUUUUUUUUUUGUUGGGAAUGGUUUACAAUAACUCUCAUAUUAGGGCAAGUGGACGCAAAGUUGAAGAUCCUGAUCUUUUGGAGAGAAUUUGUCUUACCAUUAUCAACAACCUCCUGAAGUAUCAUCCAGAGUCUAGUGAUCGUCUUGCAAUGGGUGAGGCUUUUGGAAUAAAAGCACCGGCAAAGAAGCUUGAUGUUGAUGUUGCUACUCAUAUACAUGUCAAGGAUGAUGGACCUGCAAGGAGCUUACUUUAUAUUGAAACAGCUGCUCGGCCUGGGCUGCUCUUAGAGAUGAUCAAAAUUAUGGCUGACAUCAAUGUCAAUGUGGAAUCUGCUGAAAUUGAAACAGAAGGUCUAGUAGCAAAGGACAAGUUUCAUGUCAGUUACAGAGGGCAAGCGUUGAACAAUUCCUUGUCUCAGGUGCUAACUAAUUGCCUGCGUUACUACCUCCGGAGGCCAGAAGCUGAUGAAGAUAGUUACUAAAUGGAACCUUAACUGUAUACUCACUGUAUAAACCUUUGCGCUGCCUCAAUCGAAGGGCUCGAGUCACCAUUGCAUUAUGGUAUGUCAGGAAAUUGAGCUCACAUUUCUUGCCAUUUUCUAGGGUGUACAUUUGCAACACAUGUUGCCAUUGAAAAAAUGUCAUAUUCUAUUAGAAAACUAUUUUUCCAGUAAUCUGUUAAAUUGAGGAACGAUCCAUGCGAAGAGUUUAAACCUCCUCCUGGACAUGUGGGGCAGUGAAUUAGCUUUUGUUAGUGCCAUCCCGACGGUUCACUCAGAAAAUUUGUGCGUUUUUUGGGCAUGAGGGCUACGUGUUUUCCUCCAUCCUGUAAAGGUUUAAGGAAUAAAGGCCGAGAACCUUCCAGAUCC